GUUUGCCGUUCAACGCAGCUCUUAUAUACAGGCAGGCGACACUAACGGUGCACCAAUCAUGUGCGCGAAACGACCAAUCGCCACGCCAUUGGCCGCUCGAAGGUCCCGCAGUCUGGUAUAAAUAGCUCGGCGAAGCAAGCGUGCUUCACAGAACACAUUGGAGCAUCGUGCGCAUCGCAUCGCAUCGAUAAAGAAUCCCUCGUUCGAUAACCGCAAAUCUUCUAUUCGUCAUGUCUGGCCGUGGAAAAGGCGGAAAGGCUAAGGGAAAGGCGAAGUCGCGAUCCACUCGUGCUGGAUUGCAAUUUCCCGUUGGACGUAUCCACAGACUUCUGCGUAAAGGAAAUUACGCCGAACGCGUCGGCGCUGGUGCCCCGGUCUACCUUGCCGCGAUGAUGGAAUACCUCGCUGCGGAAGUGUUGGAGUUGGCGGGAAAUGCAGCACGCGAUAACAAGAAGACCAGGAUCAUCCCGAGGCACUUGCAGUUAGCCAUCCGUAAUGAUGAGGAAUUGAAUAAAUUACUCUCUGGAGUUACCAUCGCUCAGGGCGGUGUAUUGCCGAACAUUCAAGCGGUCUUGCUGCCAAAGAAGACCGAGAAGAAAGCUUAACUACGGAUUGGCGAUAAUUAAUAAACGGCCCUUUUUAGG